CAUUCGAGAUUUGGGGACCCAAAGCGGGAGUCUGUCUUUUCCCAGGACGUCAUGGCGCCUGCGCUGAAUUUCGGGGUCAGGGUUGUGAGUAUGGGCUUUGUAGUCCUGAUCUUACUCCCGGAGGUGGAGAGCGCAAGGCAGCCCCGAGAGCACUUCAUCUUUCAGGAGAAGCAUGAGUGCCACUAUCACAACGGGACGCAGCGGGUGCGCUACCUGGACCGCUACAUCUACGGCCGGCAGGAGACCUUCCACUUCGACAGCGACCGCGGCCAGUUCGUGGCCGUCACGCCGCUCGGGGAGAUCGACGCCGCCUGCUUGAACAAGCAGAAGGAACUCCUCGAGUACAAGCGGAGAGAAGUGGACACCAUCUGCCGGUUCAGCUACGCAGAAGUAGAGGGUUUCCUCAAAGAGCGCAAAGUUCAGCCCAAGGUGAAGAUCACCCCCACUUUCUCCUCCCCUUCCCUCCAUAAUUUGCUGAUCUGCAACGUGGCCGGAUUCUGGCCUUCAGCCAUCAAAAUCACCUGGUUCAGAAACGGGGAGGAGGAAGACGAGGCCAAAGUGUUCCACACGGAUCUGACCCGAAAUGGAGAUUGGACCUUCCAGAUCCAGGUGAUGCUGGAAACUCAGCUGGAACAUGGAGACGUCUACACCUGCCAGGUGGAGCACGCCAGCUUCCCAGAGCCCGUCACCAUCCAGUGGGAACCGGAUUCCUCCAGGAGUAAGAUGUGGACAGGAGUGGCAGGAUUUGUGCUGGGGCUGGUCUUUCUGGCACCUGGACUCACCCUCUACAUGAAGACUAAAAAAGAAGCGCUGAUGAGUUAAGCCUGCUAUGAUAGAGAAGCAGCAUUCCCUCCUGACAAUGCUCUCUCAUUCCUCCCUAAGAAGAUGCAAGCUGUGGAGUGGAGAGGGGCAGAAGAAGAAAAAUAUAUAAGUCUUACCAACAUUGCUAGAAAACAGGGCAAGGUUUUGCCUUUCAGUUCUUGCUGGCAUUGAGCACAAAAGUUUUCAUGGGGAAUCUUCCAGGGUGGGAUGAAGGCAAAGCAGUCUCCUGCCAUGUUAUCUUAGUUCGUACUCUCUCAAUGUUUCAUUGCAGCAUGGGUGUCUCUGUCUGUGUACUUUAAAUUGUGUAUAUUAAAAGAAUUAAGAUCGGGAGAAGGGGGGGGGGACAAGAACCUCCCUUGUGGCCUGGGUGGGCAGAGAGCGGAAGGUCAAAUGUCCUUGGUGUUUUGCUCGCACUCAUUUUGUGGUUGUGGGUGACAGAGCGGGUGUGUAUCCAAAACCCACUCCCCAAGGUCAUCCUUCGGGAGGAGAGCAAGGGUGGCCAGCUGUUCCCCCUGGACCCCACUGUUUGGGACUGCUCCUCCCUGAUGCACUUUACUUCCAAUUGUACCAACAACCCAGCUGCAAAUUUGGCAGUGGAUUUCUGCCAAUGAGAAACCUCUUACUGUGGUGUAACCUCUGACCUGCUUGUAUAAAAUUGCUUAUUUAGCAGACCUUGGUAGGAGGUCUGGGCCAUGUUUUCAUGAAUAAAAUGUCUGUUGGCUUC